AAAGCUAUACGCCAUUUAGUAUUGAUCAAAUUUAUCGCUGUGUCCUAUGCCUACGUAGGCGAUUCGUUCUACAUAUUCAUUGGACUUUCUUCUUCGGUCUCGAUCCGUCUAAGACUCUCGCUCUCUCCGUCUAUCUGUGUAGACAUAUUCUCUUUACAUAACCACUUUGAUAAUAAAAGGAAGAUUUAUUGGAUAGAGAGCCUGGAAGAGAGAAAAAAGAGAAAAAGCUUUACUCGGAUCGAAAGAGAAAUAACACUACGUUUUAGUUUGGGGCAACGUUCGACUAUUGUAGCAUAAAAACACGCCUACCUGAAGAAUAAAAGGAAAGACAUUACACUACUAGAACUUGUCUUUAGUCAAUCAUGGCUGUCGAAAUACACUUUAGAUCCGAUUCUACCUUAUUAAGGAAUCUGCCUGCUUCACAGCUGCCAUGUAUAGGGAGGAUAACCCGUGGUCAUUAUUCUCAUAUCGGAGCUUCGAAAAAUAGCGAAAGAGAUCUUUAUAUUUAUAAUAUUUACGAAGGUGAUGCCAUUUUGGCUGAGGUUAAUCGUGAUGAUGUACAAAUAUCGAUACCGAAGGCCUAUCGCGGCUUUUUUGAAGUGUUAAAUGCUGAAGGAUUAUCGACUAGCACGACUGUGGUAGGCGUACGACAAUUGGCAAAAAUUUUUCCAAAAACAGCUCUAGUGAGGCAGCAAGUUUGUGCUUUAGUUUAUUCGAUUUCCCAAUCGGGUCAACUGGUCCUUAAUAAGCAACGUUAUCUGGCAGGGGGUGAAAUAAUUAAAUUAAUGGCCCUUCUCAAAGUCAAGGCUGGAUCAACUGGAAAAAAUCACGAAUUAAUUAAAGUUCAAACGAAAAAUAAAGAGACGCUUUUUCUAUCAGUUAAAGAUAAUAAUGGUAUAUUUAGUCCAAUAGCUGAAAAUGCCGAUGAGGCGGGUGUCUAUUCAAUCUCAUCGUUAAUAGACCACUAUAGAUUUCCGCUAAAUGUCCGACUAGUCCAUGGCGUAGUACCAUCUAAUUUGGAAUCGUUUAAUGGGACGAUGACCCUUGUACGCUCCUAUAAAGAUGAAGAAAUUAUAGCUUGUGAUUUCAAUGGCCAAGCUCUUUCAAUACCUAAGAAUGAGGCUUUGCGCCUUAUAUUUUCUACAAAUAUAGACAAACCAGAUAUUUUGUUUCCCGAAUUGGCUAAUAAGUGCAAACGCAUGUUUAAUUAUUUUGAUAAAUCAAUGCAUUUCCUCAGACAUCCGCCGGAAGAAAAAUCCUUCUAUAAGGAAGCAGAAUUUAUAGACGAUUCAUUGAGUGAACACAUUCUGGAGGAAAUUGAUGAACUCUACAUGCACGUUCGAACCGGUGAACCUAUAAAGAAACUUAAGAAAAGGAAACAGAACGGUCAUGUAGAAAACAACGUAAACAAAGAAUUUCCUUUUGAGAGACCUGAACACGAGUAUGAAACUUUACCCGAUCCAGUGGUUAUAAACGAUCCCGAAGUAGAAAAAGUAUUAGGUAGCGAUUUGAAACUCUCGGAAUCUGAAGAAUGUCCCAUUAUUAAUCAAGAUACAGUAAUAGAAGGGACGAUAGAGCUACCCCGUAGACCUAGUGAAGAUUAUGAGUCACGCAAUCCAGUUCAAACACCUGCGCACAAAGACUUACCGGAACUUAAACAAACCGACGUUGUCAGCUUGCGCCAAGCAAUAAAGAAUAGAAAAACCGGACUCUCAUCCUCUCUUUUAUCUAAUGAGGAUAAUUAAUCCGUCUCUUCAUUUUUCUUUCUUAAUUCUUUAUCAAUAGCUAUAGCUUUCAAACGAAAGAAAGAGAAAAGCAAACAAACCUCAAGGCUAAAUAUUUACGGGUAAUGAAUACAUCAUUCGUACCUUAUAAAAAAGAGACUAAUUUGCAUUCAACUCAUGCUGACAUCUAUCGGAAAGAUAAUUAUUUGGGCGUACUUGAACAAUUGCAUUAUACGUUAAUGUAAAGAGAGUAAUAGAAUCCUUGUUAACACACGUAACCCUAUCCUUGAAUCGGACAUGCCACAGCCUCAAUUAACUAACGGUAAACACGUUCUAGACGUCUCUUGUAACCUGACCUCCUAAUUAGGGACGCUUACGUAAUUUGCUUUCGCGUCUAAAUGGGCAGAUGUAGUGGACGGUGUUCGUAAUUAUUCUCUUUGACGAAAAACUGGCGGUGACAGGUAGUUUGUCAAAUCCCUAUCCCCUUUCAACUUCUUGGCCUAAGAUAUCCUUUUAUCCGUUUAAAGGGCCUAAGAUAGAGAAAAUUGAAAGAUCUUACGCACUCUUUAGUGCAGUUGGCAAAGUCUUUAAAGAGAGUCUAAAAAAAGAGAAAAUGAGAAGAACAAGGUAUUCGAAGAGAUGAAGGGAAAAGUAUAAGAGAGAUAUAGAGAAUGGAAAAGAGAAAAAGUAAAGAAAAUUGUAAAGAACAGAUAGAAGCUAACUUUGAGCCCAGGGCAAAGAGAAUAUUUACGCUUGUAAAAAGUAAAAACCGUUAAGUUUUAAACAGAAAGGGCGGUUAUAUAGUUUUUCGUUUGUCAGGUGGCUGAGUGGGAAUUUCGAUUAGGGGAGCGAUAAUUCGAAAUCGGCACCUGCGUAAGAGCUUACGUUCCCCGGUGCGGGGCAGGGAGGAAGUUUGUAUAUUUAUUCCCGCUUAGAUGUCGGCUGCCGGAGCGGCGGG